GAUUGUGUUGUUUUUGUUGUGACGGCGGCGGCGCGGUUCGUUCGUCUGUGAUAGCUAAUCAAUGGUCUGGUAGAUCCUGUCCUUACUCUAUGGGUAGAUUGAGCAGAAUGGCGGAGUUUUCAUCACACAGCAAGCUGCCAGAACUGAACACAGCUACAAUUCUUUUGGUCGGAGGUCAAGGAAUCGGCCAGCACAAAUUGGCAGAGACUUUACUGGAACUCAACACGUUAUACUCCCUUCAAGUUCGGACUACUACCCAUCUCCCUCUGCCUGCAGAAAACAGCGAGAGUCGACCAAAGAUUGACUUUGUUGUCUUCAUCCUUGAUGCUAGUAACAAUCUCAGUAUAAGUAAAACAGUUGCCUCAGCUAAGGAGCUUGAUGUGAGUUAUUACUUGGGGAAGGCGUGUUUCGUGGUACUAAAUGCAACCAGUGACAGCCUCCACUGUGCUGAUAUGACCGACAUUACAGGGUUGUGCGAUGCGUACGACUCACCAAUGCUGUGUGCAAAUCUAAAGGAUGAGAGCCCAAGAAAGUGUCUGGCCAGGAAACUUCUUUGCCUGACGGAGGUCAGCAGUGGGUUCAAGCACGGUGUCUCCCCCAUGCUCAUACAGGCCACCAAACACACUUAUGAAUUCAUGGAGACUUUAUAAAUCACUUAACACAUGAAGUGUUCAAUACAAGCCAUUAUGGUCUGGCUCUAAUCGGACAGAUCUGGAUCUGCAUGGCUUAAGCGCCCCAUUUCAUAGAGCUGCUUAAGCAGGAAACAAAAAAGCUUAAAAAUUGCCUGCUAAGCAGAAAUGAGCAAGA